GUCCUUUCAAGCCAGAGGAGACAUUUAACAAGUACUUUUAGACAGAGUACAGAACCUAAUCCCACGUACGUGCACUUCCUCGUAUGUAUAGAAGCCAACCGCCCCCACUCUAUUGCUCCCAAAGUGCAGUGUGUACCCCCCACCCCCGGUUGCAGCGGCCGAAAUCCGAGCCUUGUCGACGGCCACGGCCGGUUCGCGGAGGAGCCCUGAGGUGCCCCGGUUGCACUGAAGUAAGAGAAGGGGCCGUGUUGCCUGUUGAUGCGGGUUAUUAAUAUUAAUGCGGUGCCGGUGACGUGCGGGGACGGACGUGGCUCGGCCGCCCCUCACUGGCGCCGUGUGCCCGGGAGAUGGAGCAGUCCCCGCGUCCGACAGCCGCCUGCCUCUGAGCGCCCAGGGCCCCGGCGUGGAGCAGCGGCCGCCUCUGUGGAUGGAUUAACGAGCCGGGCGGGCAGCCCGCCGCCCCGGGAAGGCAGAGCGGGACGGAUGGGAACAGCCUGAAGCCGCAGCAGCCGUGAGAUGGCAGAGAGCCCGCAGGAGCCCGGGCUCAACACGGGCAACGAAGCGGAGAGCAGGGAGCCGGGCGACAGGGCGGAGGGAGCGCAGCUCAACCUGCUGGAGACCUGCGCCGUCUGCAAGCAGAACUUCCAGAGCCGCGACCCCAAGCUGCUGCCCUGCCUGCACUCCUUCUGCAAGCGGUGCCUGCCCGAGCCCCAGAGGCACCUGGUGCUGCAGGGCUCGGGCAGCCUGGCCGACCCCGCCUCUCCCCAGCACCACCAGCAGCACAUUGGUGUGAUCCGUUGCCCGGUCUGUCAUCAGGAAUGCCGACAACCAGAUAUUAUAGACAACUACUUCGUAAAGGACACCACGGAAGUGCCGAGUAGCACAGAUGAGAAAUUCAACCAGGUCUGCACAAGCUGUGAGGACAAUGCUGAGGCCAAUGGUUUCUGUGUCGAGUGUCUUGAGUGGCUUUGUAAAACCUGCAUCGAGGCUCACCAGAGAGUCAAGUUUACAAAAGAUCACACCGUGAGACAGAAGGAGGAUGUGUCUCCAGAGGCGGUCAGUGUGUCCAACCAGCGAAUGCUCUUUUGCCCCAUUCACAGGCAGGAGCAGCUCAAGCUUUUCUGUGAGACCUGCGAUCGGCUGACGUGUCGAGACUGCCAGCUGCUGGAACACAAGGAGCACAGGUACCAGUUUCUAGAAGAGGCCUUUAACAACCAGAAGGUCAUCAUCGAUACACUGACCGCCAAACUGCAGGAGAAGAGAAACUAUAUCCAGUACACAGCCACUCAGAUCCAGAACAGGAUUAAUGAAGUGAAUGAAAACUGUAAGAAAGUUGAGCAGGACAUUAAAGUGGCCGUCUUCACGCUAAUGAUCGAGAUUAACAAGAAAGGAAAAGCUUUGUUGCAGCAGCUGGAGAGUGUAACCAAAGACCGUCAAGCAAAACUCCUCCAACAACAACUUGAGAUCUCUGGGCUCUCAAAGCAAGUGGAGCACGUCAUGAACUUUGCCAAGUGGGCCAUCUCCAAUAGAAGCAGCAUCGCACUGCUGUAUAGUAAACGGCUGAUCACAUUUCAGCUGAGGUACAUUCUCCGGGCUCGAUGCGAUGCCUCCCCAGUAGCCACCAGCUCUGUCCGAUUUCACUGUGACCCAACCUUCUGGGCCAAGAACGUUCUCAACUUGGGUUCCCUCGUUUUGGACAAGAGUCCAGUUCCGUCCAGCGGUGGUCCUAAUGUGGCAACGGGCCCAAGCCUGCAGUCCCAGGACAAUAACGCGGGUAAGGUCCAAGGGCAGAUUAACCUGGCCCAGCUCCGCUUGCAACACAUGCAGCAACAAGCCAUGGCUCACAGAAUUCAGCAGCGCAUGCACCAGAUGAGACCCAUCUUACCAGGCGCACAGCAGCCCAGGCCUCAAGGCCCAACCCUGGGCCAGCAGCAACCACCUCUGUCUCCUAGCAACCAGUCCCUGCAGCCACCUCGCCUCAUCAGUCUGCAGAGCCUGCAGCGGGGUAAUCCAAGUGCACCGGCCCCUCCAGCACAGCAGAACCGAAUGCCGCCGAGUAAUGCCACCAAGAUGACCAGCCCUCAGCAGCAGAGCGGGCCGCAGCACCACAUGACCACAAGCCCCCUGAUGAGACAGCACUGCAGUCUUGGAAACUCAAGACCCCUCCCAGUAGCCAGCACUACAAGCCCCUCUUACUCUUCCAUGGCCUUUGUGACUGCACGUGGUGGAUUUGCCUCCAAUAGCCCGAUUCUGAUGGUCGAGCUGCUCCCAUCAGUUACCAGCCCUGACCAUCUAUCCUGUCUUCCUGAUAUUCCACAAAUACAGCUGGACGACACAGGGACUGUGCUGCUGGAGAACCUACUGGCCAGAGAAAAGAAUGGCAAUUGUGUGCCAGCACGACCUUCGGCCACCAGCACAAACCCUUCUCCUGCUCCUUCCAUGCCCUCGCCAGGGCAUACAGGGUCAGUGACAGUCACCAGUGUGCAUGCACCUGGGCACACCUCCAGCACUGGCAGCAGAGGGAGUUGUACCUCAUCAAGCAGGCUAUCGAAGCCCGAACCUCAGCAGAUGGCACCAACCAUUCGCCUCGAGUCGAUUAAAGUCAAGCAGGAGCCCAUUUCCGAGGAUGACCUGUGUGAUUUCCCCAUCAUUGUUGUGAAGCAGGAGCCGGGGGAAGAGAUCACAGAGCCUAGCCUGCUCGUGACCCAGCGGAACAGCACAGCAGCUCUCCCACACAAUAAGCUGGUGCUGGAUGGCCGGAUGGGUGCUCAGCAAGACAGCACGACCAAGGGGGACCCUCCAGACAGCACGGCGUCCCCCUCCGCCAAUACCGCCGGCCCUCAGAAUAGGCAGUCCCAGCCCUCCAGCGCCUCACACAAGCCUGCGCGGGCAGGAGCCGAAAACAGUAAAGAGGACGAUCCAAAUGAAGACUGGUGCGCGGUCUGCCAGAACGGAGGUGACCUGCUCUGCUGUGAGAAGUGCCCCAAAGUCUUCCAUCUUGUCUGCCAUGUGCCGACUCUGCUCACCUUUCCAAGUGGCGAGUGGAUCUGUACCUUCUGCCGUGACCCAGUGAACCCUGAGGUGGUCUACGACUGUGACGAGCAGUGGCAAGCGGGUGAAAAGCGGAAAGUGGGUGGAGCUUCGGAGAUGCCCCCGAUUGAUCAAAGGAAAUGCGAGAACCUGCUGCUCUCCAUGUACUGUGACGAAAUGAGCGUUGCCUUUCAAGAACCAGUUCCCGCUUCAGUUGUUCCCGACUACUACAAGAUUAUAAAGAAACCAAUGGACAUGUGCACUGUGAAGAUUAAACUGCAGAAGCAGCACACACAGCACUAUCAGAGAGCUGAGGACUUUGUGGCAGAUGUCAGGCUGAUCUUUAAGAACUGUGAGGAAUUCAAUGAGCCUGAUUCUGAAGUCGCCCACGCUGGAAGGACCUUGGAGCAAUACUUCGAGGCAAAGCUCAUGGCGCUUUUUCCAGACAGGAUAUUCCCACCGCUGCCUCCCUCCAAAUCCGACUCCGAGCGGACAAAGGUUAACGUUGAUUCGGAGGAGGACGAUGAAGAUGUUGUCCCGCCCCGGAGAAAGCGUUGCAAAGGAAGAGAGAGCCCCAUCUUCAUCAAAUGACUGCGAAGGAAUUCUCUUAUUAAAUAGACUUGCUGAGGACUGUAAUAUUUGUAUCAGGAAAUUGAUAUUUAAGAGAAACCAUGCUUGAAAAGUCUAGUUAGUGAUGAACACUAUUCUGUAUUAGAAUUACAAACCAGCAGGUGGUAAAUUAAAUACAUUUCUGCUACCUCACA